UUUUGACAACUAAGUGACAUUGAACGGGCUGAAAAAAUGGGACGAUCAACACAAAGACCUGCAUUGCUAAAUAGAAAAACAAUAUGAAUUUGUGCUUGUGUUUUUUUAAUUUUUCAGUUAAUUUCUUUUAUAAGCCAUAAGGGGUUGAAGUGUUCAAUAGAUGGAGAGCGAAAAAUUUCAUUGUGGAGCUAAAUCCAGAAUUCGAUGCAAUUCUGCUAGGGCUUUGGUAUUUGAUGACCCAAUAUCCCCCUGUGAAAGGCCAAAAUGUUCAGUGCCGGUGUGUGGAUGUGGUGCCCCAAAAAAACAUGUUCACACUGAUUAUUCUCAGCCUAAUCAACCAUCGAACCUGGUUCGGAUGCGAAAUUCUGCCUUAGGAAAGUCCGCACCAUCCUUGUCUUUGAAUAUGAAGGACGCAAAUGUUUCUCGUCGCAAUAGCCGUCCAGUUGCAGUCCAUCGACUAAGUUUUAUAACAAACACUUCACCUGUUUUACCUAGGUCGCAUUCUCCAAUCUGUGGAAGUCCUAUUGAUAGUCCUAGAACACAUUCUAGUUUUAUCAACUUCUCCUUUGCACCAAUCAAGAGAAUUGUUGCUGGUUGUAGAGGAGAUGGUAGAAGAUGGUCUGUAGCAUCUUUACCGUCUUCAGGAUAUGGGACAACUCCUGGUAGUUCCAAUAUUUCUUCUAAAUGCUCAAGCCAGGAAAAAUUGCAUCAACUUCCUCAUUUACCAACCACCGAUGAUAUGAAAAUGCUUACACAUCAUUUUUCUAGCAACGACAGCAAUGCUUCCAUCUCAUGUGUUACAGAAGAAACUGUAGCUACACACAGGUCACCACUUCAUCGUCCAAGAUCAAGAAGUCUGAGUAGUCCAAGUAGAUCUCCCAUUAUAGAUAACGAAAUUUGUAUGAUGAAUACCUUAUAUAAGGAGCGCUUUCCAAAAGCUACACAGCAAAUGGAAGAAAGAUUGACGAAUUUCAUAGAAGAGAAUAAGUCUAUUGAUUUUGGGAAGACUUUUUGUGAUUUUGUGCCUAUAGUCCGUUUUGUACAUCAUCAAGUUCUGGAAAUGGCAAGAGAUUGUUUACAUAAAUCCCAAUCCAAACUGAUAACAAGCAGAUACUUUUACGAGAUGUCCGAGAAUUUAGAAAGACUACUUACAGAGACUAAAGAAAAAUCAGAGGAUGCUGCAAAUCUAGUCACAGGCUUCAUAAAGAAGCUUCUAUUAAUAAUUUCGAGACCUGCUCGUCUCUUGGAGUGCUUGGAGUUUGAUCCAGAGGAGUUUUACCAUUUUUUGGAGGCAGCCGAAGGCCAGGUGAAAGGCUUUCAAGGCAUAAAGACAGACAUCCCACAAUACAUAAUACAGAAGCUGGGAUUAAAUCGGGAUCCCAUAGCGGAGCUGCAGCAAGAACUGCGUGAUUGCUCUUGGGGCUCAAAUUUAUCUUCAUCAUGUAAUUCUGUUUGUAUGUCUUCAACGCCCAACUCGAAAACAACCUUAAAAAAUCCCAACGAGCAGGAUUUCGAAGUGGUAAAACUUAUUUCAAAUGGGGCUUACGGGGCUGUGUAUCUUGUAAAGCACAAGCAGACUAAGCAGAGGUUCGCUUUGAAGAAAAUAAAUAAAAAUAAUUUGAUGUUGAGGAAUCAGGUAGAACAAGUUUUUGCCGAACGAGAUAUAUUAAGCUUCGCUGAUAAUCCAUUUGUUGUUUCUAUGUACUGCAGUUUUGAAACAAGAAAGCAUCUAUGUUUAGUGAUGGAAUAUGUUGAGGGGGGGGACUGCGCUAGCUUGUUGAAAAAUAUUGGACCUCUUCCUUCAGAUAUGGCCAAAUUUUAUUUCGCAGAGACUGUUCUAGCUGUUGAAUAUCUUCAUAGUUACGGCAUUGUACAUAGGGACCUUAAACCCGAUAACUUGCUCAUAACAGCAUUGGGACAUAUUAAGUUGACAGAUUUCGGAUUGAGCAAAAUGGGUCUGAUGUCAUUGGCAACAAAUUUGUACGAAGGUUACGUUGAUACGGAAUCGAGGCAGUUUUCGGAUAAACAAGUAUUUGGAACGCCAGAAUAUAUUGCACCAGAAGUAAUUCUGAGGCAAGGCUAUGGAAAACCAGUAGAUUGGUGGUCGAUGGGUAUCAUUCUGUACGAGUUUCUCGUGGGAUGCGUGCCGUUUUUCGGUGAUACCCCUGAAGAACUCUUCUCACACACCGUGCACGAUGAUAUAGAAUGGCCGGAUAAGGACGAUUGGCCUGUGCAAGAGGAUGCCAAGGAUCUCAUUACCGCUUUACUGCAGCACUCUCCGAGGGAUCGUUUGGGUACGGGGGGUGCGCAUGAAGUCAAGGAACAUAUUUAUUUCGCUGAUUUGGAUUGGAAUAGCUUGCUGAGACAGAAGGCUGAGUUCAUUCCUCAACUAGAGCACGAUGAGGACACAAGCUAUUUCGACAGUCGACUUGAUCGAUAUAACCACGAGCUUGAAGAUGAUACAGACGACACAGAUGAUUCCCCAGUUUUCAGUCUAUUCUCUUCCUGCUCUCCGCAGUAUAAGAAAACAAAUGUGUCGAAGUUGAGUCUGAAUACCGAUGUUGAAAAGGGAACGGAAUCCCCCAAAUUCAGCUUGGAUACUCCAGAUACACCAGAUGUCCCCGAUUACAAAUUGAAAUUCGAGGUACAAUCAGUAAGCAAGGAACAUCCCAACGUUGUACAAGUGGAACAUAAGAAGCCUAUACUAGAUCUCAGCAGAACUUUGAGUACUCCUGAUUCAUCUCAGACGGAUAGCGAUGAUGUAUCGCCUCAGAUUCAACGUAAACGAAGAAGUGCUCACAGCAGAGACGUUCUACCCAAAUUUUCUAUUUCAAUGGAGGAUGCUUCCAUGGAAUACAGCUCGAUGCAUCUUGAGAAGACGCUGGCACUGGCCAGAAUUGCCUCAACACCGAAUUCUAGCAAACAUAAGUCGAGAUCUGUUGUUAAGAGUGCUUCUGCUUCAGGGCUAUCCCUGAUGAUUCCAAAUACAGAUGAAUUCGAAGCCAUACACUCUCCAAGUGGGGGUGGAUCAAGUACGGCAAGUUCUCGUGACACUUCCCCAUGUCGGGAACUGUCCCCGCUGAUAACUAGCCUGAAGCCUCCCAUCAUUAUACGAAGAGGUCCUAAGGGUUUCGGAUUUACAGUUCACACUAUCAGGGUGUAUUACGGCGAUACGGACGUUUAUACCAUGCACCAUUUGGUGAUGGCAGUUGAGGAAGGGAGUCCGGCUUUCGAGGCAGGCUUGAGACCUGCCGAUUUGAUAACGCACAUCAACGGGGAAACAGUUCAAGGUCUAUAUCAUACUCAGGUACUUCAGCUGUUGUUGGGAGGUGCGGAACAUGUUAGCUUACGAGCGACGCCACUGGAGCAGACUUCCAUUAAGACUGGAGGGCGCAAACGGGAGCCCGGUUUGAGUAAACUGGCCAAACGCAGUCUUCACAGACAGAGAAAACAGAAGAAGGACCACGAUAAGAAACGGAAGAACUCGCUGUUUCGAAGAAUAAGUAAUAAGAGGGCAAGCGCAGAAAUCCAACAGGUUUGUCACAGUAAUCUUGUAAAUCUUAUGGCAGCGGGUAUCCAGUCUCCUAUCAGCGUAACUCCAAGUCGUAGUUUUCAGUCGUUUUCACGGUCUCAAGAUAUCAGUCCGUUGAAUGUGACAUCAGUCAGGAACAAUGCGAAUAGAUCCAGCCUUUCACCCCCAGACAAUAUGAGCCACCUUACUACUAGUUCUUCAUCUCAAACUCCUUCAUCUGGUUCUCCAAGUCCUACUCCGGUUUCAGCAAGUCGCAGUAAUAAGCAGCAUUAUCAGAGACCUUCAACAUUGCAUGGACUGAAACACAAGCUUCAUUCGACUGGUUGUUCUAAGGUAUUGCAUACUUCAAACCCCUCUUGUGCAGCUGCAAUUCCUAGUAGGAGGAAGAGCGUAGGUCACAUUCCCCUUUCUCCCCUUGCGAGGACACCUUCUCCUUCGCCUUUACCAGCCUCACCUACAAGGUCUCCUAGUCCAUUGACUUUUCCCAUUGGUCAUCAACCUGGCAGUUCUAACACCACACAGUCUUAUAGUCCUAGUGCAGGGGGAGCUCCGAUUGCCAUAUGUACCCAGAGCAAGAAAGGUUUCGUUAGGGCUAAGACCUCAGAACCUGGAUCUCCUCUUUUGAGAAGAGCCUUGUCGCCUGAUCGUUUACACCCAAGGAGCGCUGAAAAUAAAUGUUCAAUUUCGCCACUCUGUUCAUCUGGAAACCCCCAGACAGUUGUUAAGGCUCAACCAAGGACUAAUAACACUGCACUGUGGAAACCAACACAGUUAGAUAGGGAAAAAGAUAUGGAAUUGGAGAAUAGUUCAGAUAUGUCCAUCCCCCUUGAAACCCAAAACCAAAACAGGUUAUCCUUGAACCUAUCAGCUCCGGGAGAACUACUACCCAGAAUAGCGGAGGAAAAAGAUUCCCCCACAAGCAGUUGUUACGAUAUUAAACAGGAUUUAACUAAAGAUAUCAAAGAAAAAGAUAAAUGUGAUAAAAAUUUUAGCUCUAAGACGUUCGAAAAACAGGAGUCCAAAAAUAAUUGCAGGGAGGGAAAAGAAUUUCAGGAAAUCAAGAAGAAGGAUGAAAAAAUCAAUACGAAUAGCAAUAAAAUCGAUGAAGUUACUAAUACUGAUAGUCAGAAAGUUAAAGCUUCCGAAGAUAAGGAGACAGUGUCUCAGCAUUCAACAGAAAACUCACCACAAGUUCCUAAUGAAGAAAAAGAACUGGCUUCUAAGUCUGAUACAACAGCAAUACAAAAACCAAAAAUUGUAGAGAUGAUUGAAAAACAAAAAUCGAAGAAUUCAGUGGAAUCUGAAAAAGUAAAACCUAAAAAGAGCGAAGAGAGCGAGAAGAGCAAUCUAAAAUCUCCAGAUGAGUCACUGAGAACAAAGGCUAAGAACACUGUGGAAGGAGACAAACACAAAACGAAAGAUAAAGAUGAGGAAAAACCCAGCAAAGUUUUGAGUGACAGUGAAAUGAGUUCUAGUAAAACGAAAAGCUCCAAAGAUUUGCUUAAAGCUUUCUCUCUGAAAGACUCUACCAAAAAACAGAAAGAAAAUAAGAAACAAAAUAAAAGCAGUGAAAAAGAGAAAGAACAGCAUAAAUCCGAAGCAGGUAAAAGUACCUGUAAACCUGAUGAAAAAGAUAGCAAAGCUGUGUUGAAACCAGCUGAGGGUGAUGCAACUAAAGGCAGCAAAAAAGCUAAAAAUGAAGAUAAAAUACAGGUUGAAAUUCCCAAAUCUUCAGUAGCUAGUAGGAAAUGAAUAUUUCACAUCCUGCCAAUGUAGGUAGUGUUUUGUAUAUAAUUUUGAAAUUUUAUUAUAAAUUCACUUGGAUAAGUCAAUUCCUUAAUAUUCAAGCACCCAUGGGGAACUGAAAACGUCUAUACUGUGGUGUUACUAAAAAUCAUUAAAUGAUUUUUAGCCAUUUGAGAUUUAAUUUAUAGUUAUUUAUUGUGGUAGGUACAAAAAAGUCUCUAGCUCUUAUAGAUUGAUUCUGUGUAUGCAUUGGGCAAAAUUUUUGGGGAAUAUACACUAUUUUCCUUUUUGAUUCAUAUAGAUAGGUGAUAUACCUUGACUAUAAUCCAUAUGGAUGAAAAAUAAAAAUCACAUUUUUUGAUGCCUGUAAUAAAAAAAUAUCCAUGUUGGUUCAAGGUGUUUUGUCCUUUCAAUGUAAACUUUUUCAAGUGAUUUUAAAAUCUGGUCCAGGUUUCCAUAGUGUCAAAACAUUAAAUUGUUGAAUAAUUCUAGGCUUGAUCUGUCUCCGGCAUUGAAGAAACCCCACAGACUAUGAUUUGAAAGCCUUUUAUUAUUUUGCAAUUCCAUGAUUUCAUGUCACUUAUAUGUUUAGUUCCUCAUACAGUAUUUUUUACUUUGAAUUUAUAUUCGUCACGUCAAAAUAUACAAAGAAUUUAUAAUUCAUGAAUGAGAUGAUAUUGAACAUUCUUUUGAAUUGAAGAAAAUUUCUGCAUGAAAAUGAUUUUUUAUACAUUUUAUGUAAUAAUUUUAUUUUUCAAUGUAUUUCUGUGUAGGUAUACACGUACAUUGUUGAGUCACUUCGUUGUUUUUAUUUUUUUUCUUUUUUGAAAAAUGAAUUAUUGAAACUGCUACAUAUCAGAAUCUUACAAAUUUUUUAAUUAUUUUAAAUAUAUACUGUUUGUAGCAAAAUAUUGGUCUUUCUUGGAUGGAAAAAUAAUUGAUCUCAUAUAAAUAUUCUUGUUUGUGAAAAACAAAUUCUUAAAUGUUCUCACUGAGUGACAUACUGAAUUCUCUUGAUAUUAUUUAUCUUAAAAGUUCCAGAUGUAAAUAUUCUUAGCUUUGGUGUAAUACAGUUGGAAGGUUCAUUAACAGAGAAGCAAACAUUUAUAUUUCAUUAUAAACCUUAUAUUGAAAAAAAGGCUUCAUUUGUGAGUGAGUCUCCUUCAAUACUGAAUCAAAAGUGUUAUUCAUCAGUACUGAAAUAAUCAAUGCAUAAUUUUCAAACGGUAUUUUGUGUGUUACAAAAUAUCCGCUCAGAUAUUGUUUCUUAUUUUUAACUUAAUUGAAUUGGUGAUCAGAUAGUAUUCAACAGUAACGUUCAAUUUGUUAUAAUCAACCACAACUUUUAUAAUAUUAUGAAUAUUGUGCUUGCUUUAUAUGGAACAGAAAUAUCGAAUUGCAAGAGCCUCAAGUUUUUUAUAUAUUGAAAUGAUGAAAAUUUUGUCAACAUUAUCUAUUGGCGUGAAGCAUUUCCAAGUUUUUCAAUUUAUUGGCAAAAACCGUUUCUUGCUAAUAAAAACUGGGAUAUUUGAUGGGUUACAUAAUAAUCAUUUAAACUUAAAUGUAUAAAUCGCUGUACCUACUUAGCUUAGAAUAGAACUGUUCCAAUUUUCCUAUAUCCUGAGUUAUGUAACUUCUCAAGAAUUGCUUUUCUUUGACCAGUUUAUCCUUUGACAGAUUUUGCAUUCGUAUGUUUUUUUUUUGGUUGAUUUAAUAUACUAUCUGAAUCAAUGGAAAUAACAGACUUGAAUGUAUAUUACUAUGUUUUCUUUUAACUAGUUUAUUUACCCUUUUUUUUGUGAACUUACAUUUCGUUUGUUUUUGUAUUUAUUUUCUAGUUAAUAUAUGUCUGUCAAGUC